AAAGCACUGCGCAUGCGCCAGACAACUUCAUACGAAUCCUUCGGCACGUCUUAAGAUCCCUUGCCUGUCAGGAAUCACAAUGGGGAGUUAAAAUGUCAUAACAGAUCUUUUGUGUAGAAGACUGAAAUAAGGCAGUACAUCUCUAAUCAAUCUUGUGUACAUCAUGGCUGAAGAGGAGUAUGGCAGCUUUGUGGAUUGGGCCCAAAUGGGGGACCUGGCCAAGAGCAGUGGUCCUACUAACGUGGACUGCAAAGACCUAAAGGAGUUUAAGCAGAUGGCCCGGCAAGGAUACUGGGCUAAAAAUCAUAAACUUCGAGCACAGGUCUACCAACAGCUCAUCAAAGCCAUCCCCUGUCGCACUGUCACUCCAGAUGCAGAGGUGUACAAGGACAUUAUGAAAAAUGCAGGCUCUAAGAAACCCUCGUCCCACAUCCCUCUGCCGGAGUUUGUGGACGGAAACCCAGUGCCCAAGUACUGCCUCAAAGCAGAGGCUGUAGCUUCAGCCCAUCAGAUUAUGAACUGUGUGGCAGGACAGUUUCCAGACAUCUCUCACUGCCCUUCUCUUCCAGCAGUUACUGCAUUACUCCUCCACUUCAGUAAAGACGAGGCUCAGUGUUUUGAGCAUGUCAGUCGUAUACUUGCCUGUAAUGAGCCUGGGAAAAGACUGAUGGACCAAACGUUUCUUGCAUAUGAAUCCAGCUGCAUGACUUUUGGUGACCUGGCCAAUAAGUACUGUGCACCGGCACACAAGCUGAUUCUGGCAGCUGCUCAGGAUGUGCAGGAGGUGUACUGCGACUGGCAACGCUGGAUCCUGGGUGACCUCCCUUUUAACCAUGCUGUCCGAGUGCUGGAUGUUUACCUUGUGGAGGGGUACAAAGUACUCUACCGCGUGGCUAUCGCUUUGCUAAAAUUUUAUCGUAAGCACAAGGCUAGUGGCCAGAACAGCCAAGCAGCCCAGCCUCCUCAGGAUCCAGAA